GUUGUUACCCGUUGGUCGAGCCCAUCGCCUCCUCGCUCGCAGCGAUCCUGCGCAUCGAUUGGAGAUCACAAUCGCGGUCUCACCAUCGAGCGCCUACCCCCCUUAAACACGAGCAUGGCCCCGCCGUUGCACCCAGUCGUCGUCUCAGCGCCCGGCAAAGUCCUCCUUGCCGGCGGCUACCUCGUGCUCGAUCCAGCCUACCCUGGCGUCGUCGUCUCCACAUCCUCGCGCUUCUACUCGGUCGUCGAGGUGCGAGAUGCCAAGGGCAAAUGCAAAUCUUCGGUGGCUGCCGGCGCUGAGGAAGACGCAGCAGCAGACAUCCUCGUGCGAUCACCUCAGUUCGUUCGCGCUGAAUGGGGGUACAAGCUUCGCAUCCGUGGUGGCACUGUCGCUGAAGGGAGUAGUGUAGAUGUGAUCCAGACCGCAUCAAGCUACAACUCCCCAGAUGCUGGCAAGAAUCCGUUCGUCGGCCUGGCGCUACUGUACUGCCACCGUCUGGCUCUCGAGCUGCUCGGUCUCGAAACCUACAAAGAGCGUAUUGCGCAGCCUAUCACCAUCACCGUCGUCGGCGACAAUGACUUUUACUCUCAGCGCUCGCAGGCGAACCUUCCCGUCGGAAGCGAACCAUCAGAAAGGCCGAACUUUCCCAAAGCACCAACAAGCGCGUACCUUCGCUCGCUGCGGCCGUUUACACCCCUUGGCGUGCCAAUACGAGAAGUACACAAGACAGGGCUCGGGUCGUCAGCGGCGAUGACCACCUCCCUCGUCGGCGCGUUGCUUGCCCACCUCGGGAUCGUCUCCGCAUUGCACGCUGCCUCCUCUGCCACCUCCAAUUGCUCUGCUUCCGCCGCAGGUGCGAGUCUCUCGACGCGCGACCUGGCGCUUGUUCACAACACUGCACAGCUGGCACACUGCGCCGCGCAGGGUAAAGUGGGCAGCGGCUUUGACGUCAGCGCGGCGGUGUGGGGCAGCCAGCUAUAUAGACGCUUCAAGCCGGAAGUCCUGCAGGCCGUGCUGGACGAAGGCGCUGCUGUGCUCAUUGAGGGUCAACAGCAAGUGGAAGACAGCGUGGAACCCUACGGCAGCUCUUCGACAACAAGUAAGCGCAGGCUGUAUGACGCGUUGAAGCCUGAUAACCGCGAUUGGGUGCCACUCUGUGCCGCCUCUGGCUCUUCGAAACAUGCUCAAGGGGGCGAUCUCAUGAAGACGGGUGGACCAACAGCAACAGAGGGACUCGCAGCGCUGGGCCUCACUGUGACUGCGCCUUUUUCAUCAUCAUCAUCAACGGCGCCAAGCUCGUCGGAAGAGCACAUCCCGCAGCCAGCGCCUUUGCACCUUCCCCCUCGUCUCGCGAUGGUCCUAGCGGACGUUGACACGGGUAGCAACACGCCCUCACUCGUGUCAAAAGUGCUCGCGUGGAAGAAGGCGAAGCCGGAGUGGGCCAAGCAGCUGUACAGCGUUCUGGACAAUAGCAACCAGUCUCUUGCGGAUGGCCUGCUCGCGCUGACGCUUGGGUGCCUGAAAAACCGAGAGGAGUAUGAGAAAAGCUUAGACAUUGCUGCUGGCGUCAAGAGCGCCAAGUGGGACGAGCUAGCACGAACGCAUCCCUCACCGAGCCUGACGCUCCUCGUGGGCUUGCGCAACACGCUGCGCUCCAUCCGUGCCGGAAUGCGCGAGCUCGGCCAGCGCGCCAUCGCACCCGUCGAGCCGGACGAGAUGGGCGAGCUGAUCCGCGCGAGUUGCGAGAGCGCACCCGGCGUGCUCGGCGGCGGCGUUCCGGGAGCGGGCGGCUACGAUGCACUGUACCUGCUCUACAUCACUCCUCGCGCCGAUGCAUCGCCGAGCGCCGAUCCGCGCGCAACAGUCGAAAAGUUCUGGGCGAGCUGGCAAGGCCUCAGCGUCGGUCCGCUACUCAGUACGGCCGGCUCUUCCCUGUCCGAUGCCAUCUCCAGCGCAUCAGCAGCCGCAGAAAACGAGGGCCGCGACGUAAAGACCACGCUGCAUCCGGACUUGCCCGACUUGGCUCUGCAGUUCGGAGCGCCUUCCUUGGGCUGUAGUGGCCUGCAGCUCGUCAGUGUGGAUCAUGUUUGGGGCCUACGAGAGGUGCUUUGAGAAACUACUCCGCAUUCUUCAGUGCUAGCAAUACAUUU